UUUGAGGUAGCAAAAGAAAGAGUCAUUCCACGGACCACCCAAUAAUCCGCCCCUAUCAAAUAUGUACUGUGUCCAUCAUCAUAAAACAAACGAAAAUUACCAGGAACCAGAGUCAAAAACAUCAUGCCAUCCGACCUGUUCCGAUGCCCUGCCAUGCGCAGUCGCCAGCCCAUCAGAUGUGAGGCUCCACUGCGGUUCAACUAGCCUCUUGCUCAAGCUGGGACCUCUUUUUUUUUUAUUUUCAUUAUCUGGCGCGCUCAUAUGGAUACAUGCUUCGCGGUACGACACCGACACUUGGUUUGUUGCUUCACCUUGGGACCCGGCCUCCCGGGACCGGGGGCUAGGGGGACGGUCCCACUGCGAGCCAGGGCGUAUACGCCAUGGAUUAUUAUUAGGCCAGGCUCAGGAACGUGUUCGAGAGCUUCGCUGUCUGGUCUGGCCGGGCCUGGGCUGGCGGCGUCGGGUACCAGCAGUGGCUCCAUUGCCCAUGAUCCUCGUCUUGCUUGAAUUUGCUCCGUCUGGGUCUGCCUCGUUGCGGGCCUCUCAGAUUCGAGGUCGGCUGGCAUCAACUCCACUUGCUGCAACACAUCGGCCGUUUGUCGUCGUAGUUGUCGUAGUCGGCUGCGGCUUUGCGUUUUUGUCAUUUCUGAUUCACUUGCUUCCAGACCAUUUCUUCUUUCCCGUGUUUCGAUCUCACACGCCCCCAGCCGCUGGGCCAUUGGGACGACUGCAUCCAGGAUGCGACAUGGCACGGCUCGUCAAGCGUCACUUUGAUGACUGAUUAUUUUAUUUAUUGGGUUUCAUUUAAUAUCUACUAAUGUUGUACCUGUGUGCGAAUGCAAUACUCUUAUCAAGGCACCCUGGGCGACAUCUUGGAUGCAGCAUGCGUGAAAUUUCACUCCAGAACUUUCAUCCUCCGCCUUUUGAAAAAGAUGUCUUGAAAUCAUCGCCCAUCCUCAUGAGGUGUCACCGUAUCAUGCUGCCAGGGACGCCAUCCGAUUUCAGUGGAUCCAAUCCCAACCCAUCCAUCCCGAUCGAUCAACCCGGUUUGACUGGUCCUGCAGCCACGCUCGGCACCUGGCCAGCCACAACUC